AUUCCUCAAUUCUUCUUCUCUCCCCUUUUCUUUUUUCGUUAUACAUGUCGUCGUCGCUUCUUCUUCUUCUUACUUGUCCACCAUAUCUUUUUACUAAUAAGUUAUCUCUGCAAAAAAAAAAAAAAAAAAAGCUUCACUUGCCGUUGAAAAGGAACUAUGGAGGAGAACGAUCGCUUGUCGAUGAAGCGGAAAGAUAUUGACAGAGUAAACGAUGAUUUCUCUGAUUUUUCCCUCUCUUCUCCAGCCAGGAAGAUUCGUCGUCUGGAUGUGGAUUUGCCACCGAUUUUUGAGGAAGAGGAAACAGAUUUGGCGAUGCAAGAGAUCGAGGUUUCGCCGGUGAACGAUGAGAGAGCAAUUGUUCUGUUUAAGCCUCUCCAUUAUGGUCAUCAGCCUAACCUUUUUGUUGAUAGAGACUUGAUUUCUGGCUUUAAGAAUAGAUUCCUUCGUGAUGCAUCUAUAGGUGACGAUGACCACUAUGAAGAUCAGAGAUCCAACAAGUGCCAAGCAGUUGUUUGUUGGAAUCCUGCUCAGACUUCUUACUCACAGUCCGUAGGAACCUUCCAACAGCCGCGUACACUAGAGAUUACUGAGUUGGAUGAGACAGGUGAGGAUGCGGUUAUGGAUGACGCAGCCACUGAGAUAGAAGAGGAUAGUGGAAACACCUGUCCAUCUUUUCCUCAACCAGCUCAACAGCAGCUGCAAGUGGACCCCACCUACGGUUUCGGCUUGCAUCAGUGGCAGCAACAACAUAACUAUAUGAUUCCACCACAGCUCCCUCAAGUUAGCACUACUCCCACUCCCAUCACUUGGUUCCGAUGAUAUGCUUAUGCCUGGGAGACAAGAGCUCAUCAUCAGCGAAUGCACGUAGUAGUAUAGAGACAGGAGCCCAUCAUCAGUGCAUGCACGAAGUAGAGAUUUAGAGGCAGAUUUGUUGCUAGUUUAGUUCUGCCCUUUUUGUGGGAAUUAGAGAAGAUAUGGCAUAGUUUUGUUGCUGUAAACCAAAACCACUGGCUUCAGCUGUAAUUGUCCUGGAAUAUAUGUUUUUGGCUGUCUUUUAUAAUAACCUGACAGAUUCCUACGAUCCGGCUCAUACGCACUUCUACAAGUAGCAUUAACCAUGUAUAUCUCAGUGUAAGUAUAUAAAAGGUGCAAGUUCUGUUGUUGAAA